UCCGUCCCUCAGGGCAUGAGACCAACCAGUCACUGGAAAACAAGUUUUGGUGCCAGAGCCUUCGGGUUCCAAGACUGCUUUUUCAGAGACAGGCCCAUGGACACGGCCCGGGUGGCGGUGGUGGGGGCAGGCCUGGUGGGGCUCUCCACCGCGGUGUGCGUGUCCAGACUGGCCCCCCGAUGCUCCGUGACUGUCAUCUCAGACAAGUUCGCUCCUGACACCACCAGCGAUGUGGCAGCCGGGAUGCUUAUCCCUCACGCUUAUCCAGACACACCCAUGCCCAAGCAGAAGCAGUGGUUCAGAGAGACUUUUGAUCACCUGUUCUCAAUCGCCAGUUCUGCAGAAGCUGGGGAUGCCGGUGUUCACCUGGUGUCCGGUUGGCAGAUAUUUCAGAGCCUUCCUACCGAAGAGGAGCCAUUCUGGGCUGAUGUGGUUCUGGGAUUUCGGAAGAUGACUGAGUCGGAGCUGAAGAAAUUCCCUCAACACGUGUGUGGUCAGGCUUUCACCACCCUGAAAUGCGAAAGCCCUGCCUACCUCCCGUGGUUGGAGAAAAGGGUGAAAGGGAGCGGAGGGCAGAUACUCACCCGACGAGUAGAAGACCUGUGGGAGCUUCAUCCGUCCUUCGACAUCGUGGUCAACUGUACAGGCCUUGGAAGCAGACAGCUUGCAGGAGACUCAGAGAUUUUCCCUGUGAGGGGCCAAGUGCUCAAAGUUCAGGCUCCCUGGGUGAAGCAUUUUAUCCGAGAUGGGAGUGGGCUGACGUAUAUUUAUCCUGGCAUAUCCCAUGUAACCCUGGGUGGAACUAGGCAAAAAGGAGACUGGAAUCUGUCCCCAGAUGCAGAAAUUAGCAGAGAUAUUUUUUCCCGAUGUUGUGCUCUAGAACCCUCUCUCCGCGGAGCCUGGGACAUAAGGGAGAAGGUGGGCUUGAGACCCUCCAGGCCAGGCGUGCGGCUGCAGAAAGAGCUCCUAGCCCGAGACGGCCAGAGGCUACCUGUGGUCCACCACUAUGGCCAUGGGGCUGGGGGCUUCUCGGUGCACUGGGGCACUGCCCUGGAGGCUGCCAGGCUGGUGAGCGAGUGUGUCCAUGCCCUCAGGACCCCUGGUCCCAAGUCAAAGCUGUAGAUGUCAUGAAAUGACAGCAAAUGGCUCUGGAGACUAUUGAUCAAAGCACACUUUAAAGCAUCAGAACAGGUUCAAAUACUUUUUUCAUUGCAUGAAAGUUUAGGCAUUUCUUUGUUUUCAAAAUCAGAAAUAAUGCAACAGAUAGACUUAAGAAGCCUAGUACUGAUGACACAGGGCAUAAAGCUCUUAUUUUGUUGUUAAAAAUACUUGUUAUAGAGUAAGAUUUCUUUUAGAUCUGAUGUCCAAGGACCUAUGCUAAUUUAUAUGAAUGCUGGAAGCUAGAGGGAUUUUGACAUUUUGGAGCUGGUAAAUCCACAGAAAGAGAUAAUGUAUGGAAAAAUCACUGUCAGUGGCAGAGCUACCUGUGAACCUCUUAGAUUAUUAUAGUGAGCAUUAUAAUCCCUCUAAAUACAUAGUGAUCACAAAAUGCAGACUUGUUACAUUUAAUUGAAGACAAAGUAUGAGGACUGUUAGCACUAGUGGCAACCUUUUCCUCCCCUCAGCUGGUAAUGAUGGUAGAAGACUGAGAAGAAGUUGCUUAGGGAUGUGGCAUCAAUUCAGUAGCUGCCCAGAGUUGAUCACCUAAGUGUGGUACAUUCCAUUACCACAAAUGACUGCGAGCUGGCUUGCUGUGUAGUCAACUUUGCCUACGCAUUUUUGAAGAUUAAAAAUCAUGUGCAGCCAAAGAGCUAAUUUGCUAAUUAACAUGGAACAAUCAUUCUGCAUGACAUCGAAGCAAAGGGCGUUCUGUAGGUUGUUAAAACGUAUUGGGGAAAAGAGGAGUGUGUCUCACGACAAAAUUAGUUUGGGGACUGCUGAGUUAAAUAAAUUUUGCCUGGCUUUUUGUCUCAGGCAUGCCCAGAGCCUUUAACCUGCUCAUGUGUUUUGUGAAUCUUCAGGAGGGUGUUUGGCUUGGGUGAAUGGAAAGUGAGAUGCUAUUCAUUGAGCUAAGGAGGCUUGAGGAGAAAUGAAUUUAAUUUUAACUUUUGAAAGAGAUGACCUAUGUUUAGUGAUAAUAGGUUCUAUUUUGGACAUCCUGGCUGAGAUGUGGGGUUGGCAAUGAAAACGGGAAAGAGAAAGUUCCCAGCACAGCUCUGGCUUUACUGUCUUGAUCAUUGAGCGUUGGCAUAUGAUUUUGCUUAAAGAGAAGAUUCUGCCGGUAGAGGCUGAGAGAAGCAUAUAUUGGAUGAUCUUUAUCACUCCCUGCAGUAUUAAAAUUCUUAAGUUUAAUCAAGUGUGGGAGCUUUUCUAUAGAUUUCCACCAGGGGGUGGUGUUGUAUCAAAUUCAGAUAAAUUGGUAUGUUUGAAUAUUUAGAAAUGACUAGAAAUAAAAAAUGGAUACCAGG